UGCAGGAUGGACUGCAAGGACGUUUCGGCGGAGACCCUCUAUGAUGUCUUGCAUGACAUUGAAUACAGGAAAAAGUGGGACACCAACGUCAUUGAGACCUUCGACAUUGGAAAGCUGACCGUCAACGCCGAUGUUGGCUACUAUUCCUGGCGGUGUCCGAAACCCUUGAAGAACCGAGACGUCAUCACGCUGCGCUCUUGGCUGCCCAUGGGCAACGACUACAUCAUCAUGAACUACUCCGUCAAGCAUCCGAAAUACCCUCCUCGGAAGGACAUGGUGAGAGCCGUCUCCAUCCAGACUGGCUACUUGAUCCAAGGGAAAGGAGCCAAAAACUGCACCCUCACCUACCUGGCGCAGGUAGACCCCAAAGGGUCUUUGCCAAAAUGGGUAGUGAAUAAAUUGUCUCAGUUCCUGGCACCGAAGACCAUGAAGAAGAUGCACAAGGCCUGCCUGAAGUACCCGGAGUGGAAGCAGCGGCACAACCCGCCCUUCAAGCCCUGGCUGUUCCCGGAGCAGAACACGCUGUCCCCGCUCUCGCUCUCGGAGCUGGCCAUCCAGCACGCCGACUCCCUGGAGAACAUCGACGAGAGCAGCCUCUCCGAGGAGGCCAAGGACGAGCGGGGAGAGGCCAGCGACGAGGACAGCGUCAACUGACCGACUGCCCCUUUGUCCAUGGCUGCGGGUCUCGACCCACCUGCCUGGGCACCACCCCCUUUUUAUUGGGUUUGUGUAAGCGUUUGCGUUUUUCCAAAAAAGAGAGAGAGAAAGGCUUGAUUCCCCCCAACACACUUUGGCAUCUCUCGCACUCGGGGCCAGGGCUGGUGGCGCAGCAGAGGGAAACCUUUCUGCAGAUUGGAAAAGUCCUGCCAUUCUUCAAGUGCUCGCUCUUUCUGGGGUCCAGCACUGACUCUCUUUGUGCACAUUCUCUCUCGUCCUCCUUUCCAUAAUUCCUUUAUUUGUUUCUUCUUUUUGCAAUGGGAGAUGGUCGUGGGUUGGAAGGGGAGCCAUGAAGACUUGCACUCUUCACUCCUGGGGAUUUGGAAAGAGGGAAACAGGCCCCGCUUCCUAUCCAUGUUGUUCUUCUCUUCUGAAAUGAAUCCCCCAGGUUUGGCUUCCAUGGGAACCUGGCUGGGAUUUCCCCAUUCUCUGCAAUGAUCAUGCAAUUCCUUCUGAAUUAAGAAUUCUUGAAAACGUUGCAGCAGGAGCAGAGUUCAUGACUGGCACCAAACUAAACAGUGGCAUAAAUUAUCUAUCUAUCUAUCUAUCUAUCUAUCUAUCUAUCUAUC